UGCGUAAAACGAGGUCAAAGGAUGGAUCAACCAUUUCCCAACCAUAAAACUGAAGAGAAGUUGUCCUAAAAAUUCUCCAAUCCAGACCUCACUUAACUAAACUCCGACACUACUCCAAAGCCACUCAAAUUCACACUUGAAUUAAACAAAAAUUUAAUCCACAACCCUAAAACAAUAAAAACAGAUAUAUAUAACUAUACCACCCAUUAUAAAAAUAUCCGAAGAAAACAUCAAAUCCUGCCUUGGCUUAUUUCAUACACAAGCCAAAAGCCAAGGCAGAGAAAAAAAAAUAUUAUUAAUUAUAAAAACAAAAUAAAAUACUAAAUAUUAAACAAAUAAAAAUAAUAAAAUGGCGUUCCAGGAUUUCGACCUAAUCUCACAACGACGGCAGCAAGAGAAGAAACAAAAACUCCGGCGGAGGCUCACCAUCGCCGCCGUCUCCGUCGUCACCCUCCUCCUCAUCGCCGCUGCCACCAUCUGCGUCCUCGUCUACCAAAAGAAUGAGCACGUCACCACCGAGCAGAACACCAAGGCCUCCCCCGCAACCCCCUCCUCCUCCUCCGCCUCCGCCACCACCAAGCCCACCACCGUCGCCUCCGUGAACGUGGCCGAGAAGGCCGUCAAGACCGUCUGCGCCUCCACGGACUACAAGCAGACCUGUGAGGACAGCCUCCUCAAGGCCGUGAAGGACAACCACACCGCCCAGCCCCAAGACAUCCUCCGCGCCUCCUUCGCCGUCGCCGCCGCCGAGAUCGACGACGUGAUCAAGAAGGCCGCCGCCCUCAAAUUCGACGACCCGUUCAAAAAGGCCGCCUUCAACGACUGCAUGGUGCUCCUCAAGGACGCCAAGGAGGAGCUGAACACCUCCAUCUCGAGCGUCACCGGCAAAGAUCUGACCAAGAUCUCCACCUUGAAGCCGGAGAUAAACAACUGGCUGAGCGCCGUCCUUUCCUACCAGCAAACCUGCAUCGACGGGUUUCCCGAGGGGGAGGAGAAAACUUCCAUGCAGAAAAUGCUCAAGACUUUCAGGGAGCUUGGCAGCAACGCGCUCGCCAUUGUCUCCCAGGUUUCCUCCAUCUUUUCCGCGUUUGGAGACGAAGCGCACCGGAAACUCGUGAGCGUCGACGACGGCGAAUUCCCCACGUGGGUGAAUAACGAUUUGCGGAGGCUGUUGAAGGCCGGUGGGCCCAACAAGUUCACUCCGAAUGUGACGGUGGCGAAAGAUGGGAGUGGGGAUUUCACCACUAUUUCCAAGGCUUUGGGUGCAAUGCCCAAGAAAUACUCCGGCCGAUAUGUGAUUUAUGUUAAAGAAGGUGUGUACGAUGAGAGUGUUACCGUUACAAAGGAAAUGGAGAACGUUACAAUGUACGGAGAUGGAUCACAGAAGAGCAUUAUCACCGGCAAAAAGAAUUACGUUGAUGGUGUUCCAACUUUUCAAACUGCCACAUUUGCUGCACUAGGAGAUGGAUUUAUGGCCCAAUCGCUAGGGUUCAGAAACACGGCGGGGCCGGAGAAGCACCAAGCGGUGGCGCUGCGAGUCCAAGCCGACCGUUCGAUCUUCGUCAACUGCAGAAUGGAAGGGUACCAAGACACACUCUACGCGCAGACGCACAGACAGUUCUACAGAAGCUGCUACAUCACCGGCACCGUCGAUUUCAUCUUCGGCGACGCGGCGGCGGUUUUCCAGAACUGCUUGAUCUACGUCCGGAAGCCGAUGGACAACCAGCAGACGAUCGUGACCGCACAGGGAAGGAUCGACAAGAGAGAAACCACCGGAAUCGUGAUCCAGAACUGCCGGAUCCUGGCCGACGAUAAAUUGGAGCCGGAGAAGGCUAAAUUCAGGAGCUACCUCGGGCGGCCGUGGAAGGAAUAUUCGAGAACGGUGGUGAUGGAGACGGAGAUUGGGGAUUUUAUUGAGGCGGAGGGUUGGAUGGAGUGGAGCGGCGAUUUUGCCCUAAAAACGCUUUUCUACGCUGAGUAUAAUAAUAAAGGCGCGGGCGCGUCGACUACAGGGCGCGUGAAGUGGCCGGGGUGUAAAGUGAUUAAGAAGGAAGAUGCGGUGAAGUUUAGUGUGGGCCCCUUUUUACAGGGGGAAACCUGGCUUAAGAACCCUGACGUACCUGUGCGUUUUGGCAUGUUUACCUGAGCAGCAGCAGUGUUUUUCUUUUUUCUUUUUGUUUUUUCUUUUAUUUAUUUAUUUGAGUUUUAAGACAGAAAAAAGGGUUUUAUUUAGGAUGUGGGUUUUUAUUAAUUUAUUUGUUAAUUCCUUCAGUUUUGAUCGACAAAAGGGAUUGAUUGUUCAUAUACUGAUAAUUGUUUGUCGGGCUUUUCUGCAAAGGAUGUGUGUGUUUGUUUGUUUGUUUGGGUGUGUGUAUGUCAUUAUUGUAUUACUUCCUUUAUACAAUUAAUUAUUACUAGGAAGUUUUUCAUAAGUGAAGGAAUAAAACUUGAUUACAUUUAAUUUGGUUUUGUGAUCUAUC